AUGUUUAUUCUCAAUAUUCAUCAAUUCACAUGUUCACCACAUCCUUAUUGGUUGCCAAAUUUCAUGGAUGUAUUUAAUUGGUCCAUGCCAUUUAUCUCUGAAAAGGUUGCUGAAAUGUUAUUGGUAUUGUUGAAUCUUUGUGAUGAUGAAGAGGCUGAAAAGAAUGAACACAAAGAUAUUAUCAACAAAGAAGAAGAUGAAAAGAAAAGACAAUUAUUACGUGCAAAUGUUAAAUCUGUUAGUAAGAUGAGAAUGUUCUCUUUGUUGAGACAAGAACACGAAACCAUCAUGAUGAUUAAAAGUUUUUCAGCAUCUAGAAAAAUUACUCAAGGUUUAUUGACCGAAGGUAAAGAUGCUCUCAAGAAGGCUCUUGGUGAUUUUGCUCAAGCUCAUAAGAUGGAUUUAAUCAAUGAAAAACGUCCACCAAUGUUGGAUAGAGUAAAUAGUCGUGGUGAACUAUUUAGAAUUAAUUCAAAAGGUGAUUCAUUCCGUAGCAAUAGUUAUGCCGAUUUAAAACCACUAAAUAGACCACAAGAAACAAUUAAAAUCACUGAAUGUUCCGAUUCAAAUAUUACUACAAAUAAUUUUAAUACAAAUAAUCAAACUGAAAAUAAUAAUAAUACAACAAACACAACAACUAGUACAACAACAACUUCAACUCUUUUUUCUUAA